AUGCUGAAAGUUAGACGUGCAUCCACCUCUGACGAUAGCCACCAGGAUCAGCUUCCUGCCUCACCCCAGGUACGCUCUGUGCCUCGAGCAUCCCAGGCGGAGAAUGAUUCUGCACCCUCCACCAAGGCAGAUAUACAAGCAUUGAGGCAGGAUAUUAAAGAUAUGUUUCAGGCAGACAUGGCCCUCAUCCGGGAAGAAGUCACCUCACUUACUAACAGAGUGGUAUCAGUGGAGGAACACAUGGGAAGCACCAAAUUGGCACAAUCUGCCACAGAUGCCACUUUAAGCUCAUUACAAAGAAAAUGUGACAAUCCAACAGCACAAAUGGCAAACAUGGAGGACAGGGUUAAAGCACGAAACGUAAGAAUACGUGGUGUUCCUGACACCAUUUCAAAUGCUGAACUGCCCCAUUACUGCAGGAGGCUCAUCUCCACACUCCUACCGCCAAAACAGGCCAAACAGCUAUUGGUGGAUACAUGCUUCCGUCUGCCUAAGGAGGCCAAGGCACCCCAAGAGUCUACUACGGAUGUAUUGCUCAAGUUUGCAAAAGACUCAGACAGAGGGGUCCUCAUGGGCGCUGUUAAAGGUUCUCCCACGGAUCAAGGGACCUCAGAGGAACCUCGUCGGCCUGCUGUACCUCAUGCUCAAUGUAGUGAUCAGCUACCACAAUCUUCCUACUUGGGACCAUUCUCUAUUUUUAAGUUGGAGUGUGAGUCUGAGCUCAGAAUUGAGGUGGAGGGCACAGACCCUGUGCAUGUAGAGUUGGUUUCUGGCUUUGCUGAGGUGUUUGGGACACAGAUGUCUCAAAAUAAAAAAUAUACAAUUUCUACAAGAAGUUGCAUAGCAAUUUUCACAUGGCAAGGUUGCACUGUGCACUACUGGGGCAACCGAAGUAUGUCCUAUGUGUUUAAAAAAACACCAAUGCCAUCUUACCUCAACAUACAUGUUGGACUCGAGCAAAUGCGGAUUAAAGCAGAACUUGAAAAAAGACGUGGACCCCGUGUUCUGCUGGCAGGGCCUUCAGAUGCCGGCAAAUCCACUCUUUGUAGAAUUCUGCUAAACUAUGCAGUGCGGAUUGGACGACAACCUACACUGAUAGAGCUGGAUGUAGAACUGGGGUCAGUGUCUGUACCUGGUACAGUUGGAGCUCUUCGUGUUGAAAAAACUGCAGAUAUAGAGAAAGGAUUCUCAGACCGGGCUCCCGAUGUCUAUCACUAUGGAUCCACAACUCCUGGCAGUAAUGUAAUGUUAUACAACAAGAUCACAUCUCGCCUCGCUGAAGAGUUUAACCGGCAAUGUGAUUCUAACCAUCUUACAUCGUCUAGUGGAUGUAUUAUCAACACUGGGCCCUAUGAGAGAGACCCUGGAUAUGAAUCACUGAUCCAUAUGGCCACAGCAUUUGACGUGGAUGUCAUACUAGUACUAGACGAGGAGCGUCUGUAUCAUAAUCUCCUUCGUGACCUUCCUCACUCUGUACAAAUUAUCCGUCUACUCAGAUCUGGUGGUGCCAUUGAUCGAUCUGAAGAAUUUCGUAGGGAAUCUCAAGAUCAACUGGUACGUGAGUACUUCUAUGGUCCUUCUGGCUCAUUCUGCCCCCAUGCAUUUGAAGUAAAGUUCUCAGAUGUAAAAAUCUACAAAGCUGGGGCUCCAGUUGCGCCAGAUUCUUGCGUUCCUAUGGGUACCUCACAAGCAGCCAAUCAGCUGAAGUAUGUACCAGUAACACCCAGCAAGAACGCAGAACAUCAUCUUCUGAGUGUGGUACUUGUGGAUGAUAAUGGAGGAGAAGAAAGCUUCAUGAGGAACAGUGUGGAAGGAUUCAUCCUCAUCACAGGAGUGGACACUAAAAAGCAGACCAUUAAAUUGCUGUCUCCUACACCCAUGCUUCUACCCAAAUGUGCUUUACUUAUUAUGGAUGUUAUCUACAAGGAUCAGAAGUAA